AUGUAAAAUAAAUAACUUGUAACCAGAACAACUACAAGACGAAAUUUAUUACAAUCAUAAAGUGUUCUCGAGUCAUCAAUUAAAUCGUCAAUUUUGUAAAAGUCUAAUUUCCAUUUACAAUUACAAUCACAAGUUAUUUCCAAUAACAAUAACAAUCAAAAUCAUGAGGAUAAGUAUAUUUCAUAGAAUCCUUAUUUUAAUGAUUUGAGUUGUAUUAGUCAUGAUUCAGAAAAUGAUAUAUUUCGAGAUUGUCCUACUUAUAAAAAUGGUCCAAAGUCUACAGGAUCACUUAAAUCUAGAUCAAAAAUACUUAAUUAAAUGGCAUACAUCACUCAAAAAAUGAUUCCUGAAUUUCAAAGAGGAAUUUAAUUGAUUUCACAAGCCGAGUAUAAACAAUUUUUAUAAGAGGGAUAAAGUCCUUGAUUUUCGAGUCGAAUAGAGUGAAUAACCAGUACGUAUAAGUAGUUAAUAACUUGGACUAGGAGAAAUUAUGAUAAAUUAUUAACAAGACAAAGUAUGAUAUAUUCAUUCUAUAUAAAAUAACUUAGCAUCCUAUUGAAUUACGACCAGAUUUAUGGAAUGUUUAAUCAGUCAGACAAAUGGAAUUUUACUAUUAUAAACUACGUUCAAAAUAAUAACCAGUUCCUUUAUAAUUUUAUAUGAAUUAAAGUGAAACCACAAAUUUUAAAAUAUUUGUAUCGUCUGUCAAUCCAUUUCCAACAAAAUUUUCAUGUGAUUAGAUUAUUUCAGUGAAGGGAUGGAAAUAUAAAAUAGAUGAAUCUAAAUCAUUUCAUUGUGAAUACAUAUAUAUUAGUAUGGUUUGUGAUUUAGAUACCUAAGUCAAACUUAAGUUUUAAUUUGGUAGUCGAUUGAUGAAAAGACCUUAAACUAUUUAAAGGAAAAUAGAACCAUCAUCAUUAUUUAUAAGAAGUGUUCAUCAUUAAUAAUUGGAAAGAAUGAAUUCAGAUUUAUUAAAUGCUUAAGUGGAAGAGAUUAAAAAAAGAAGAAAAGAGAAAUUAAGAUAACGAGGAAUGUUUAAAGAUUUAAUCAAAGAAAAUAUUUAGAAAGUAGUUGAAUAUAAUGAAGAACAUUAAAAAAGUUUUAGAGAAUUAAAAAAGACAUAAGGAGAUAAUAGAAUAGAAGAUGUUUUAUGUAGAAAAAAAUUGAUGAGUUAAAAUGAAUAAUAAAGGAAAGAAUAUUAAUAAAAAACUAAAGAAUUAAGUAAAAUUAUUAGAUAAAGACAUAAUUUUGUUUAAUCAAAAAAGUAUCUAAAAAAUAGAGUUUGUACACAUUGGUUUAAUAAUAUUUAUAUGUCUUUGAUUUGUACUAAGAUUUAUUUUAUGUUCUAACAUAAAAUAGAAGCAUAAAAUUAAUCUACUUUGAUGGCAUUUUAGGUUAAAAGAAUAAUGAAAAGAAUACAUAAGAGAUUAAGUGCAAUUAAAGGAGUUACUAUUUAUGAUAGAGUAUUUUUCGAUGUUAAAUUGUAAAUUAUAAUGCAAACAUUAUUAUAGAGUAUUAUAAGGUUUCUGUAAAGCUGUAUAUUAGAAAUAAGUUAAGUUGCAUAUAGAAAAGAUUGUGCCACAUCUAAAAAUAAGAGCUGAAAUCUAUCAUUUAAAGAGUCAAGUGCUUAUUACUAAUCUUAAGAUUUCAAAGAUUAGGGUUAUGUUUUUAGAAUUUUUGUUAAGAUACAAAUCUUAUAAAUAAAUGCUUCAUAAUCUUUGGAAUAAGUAUUUUAAAGAAUAAUUCUUAAAGUAUUAUAAUGGAUUAGAUCAAUCAAAAAAAGGAAUAUACUAACCAUAUAUCAUUUAAUUAUAAAAUUAAGAUAAUUUCAUGUAUAUUUUGAUAAUUAAUUUAUUAGACAACUUUAAAGCAUAUUUAUUGAAACAUAUAGUAAGGAUAAAUUAAGAAAAUAUUUAAAAGAUAUGAGUAUCUAUGCCAAAUAUUUAAAGAAAUUGAGAUCUCAAAAAUAUAACAAAACUAAGAGAAGAGAUUUUACAAAUGAUUAAGUCUUACAUUCACCUAGAAUGUUUCAAUUACCAACAUAUGAUGAAGUCUUAGAAUAUCUUCCUUUACUUGUUGUUAAUACUAAUAAAUUAGAUUCAAGAACUUCAUAAUAGAUUUAAUAAUCAUAAAUGCCAUUAAUUCAAGAGUCUUAAGAGAAAAAAAAGAAGUAAGCCAAAUCAAAAAAAUGA